UACAUGCUACUGUCAUGUCUUAUAAAAGUGUGUUAGGAUUAAGUGAUAGGUUCCGUGUACUCCCACUGCUUGAGAAAAUGUUCUGUCAUAAUAAAUUAUGAUAAGUUAAUGAGCCUCGCAGCUCGCUGGUGGGUCGGCUAGCGGAGCUAAGUGAUAGUCGCUAACGCUGGUUGUGCUAACGAGCUAGCGCUGAGUUAGCAGCUGAAGCAUUGCGCACUUAAAUGUCUUUUAAAAUAUCCACAAUUCUAAUUGUAAUGUUGAGCCAAUGUUGUCGUUAAUCGCUACUAUGUGUCAACAUCUUGAUUUUGUAAUUCUGUAAUAGCGCUAACGAGAUUCUUUGUCUUUCACUGUUUGCCCUGCGUUUACAUGGAGGAAGCCUCCCUUUCGGUUUAUCACGGCCCGCCUAUGUUCAACGCUGAUUGGACGCCUGGCUUGUCCGUCUUUGAGAUUACGCCGCUGAUUGGUGGCUAACCAGGAUGACAACGCCAGUUUUGUUGCUUUAUUCCGCUGCCUUCAACAUGGCCUUCCGUGGAUACUGUUGUCACUGCGUUAAUGUUAGGUUUCGUGAUGACUGCUUCAUUGUUACACUACCCCUUAGAUUUACCGUGCACUUUACACGGUGAUGGACCCUCCUGGUGGGGGAGAUGAACGGCGGAGGCAGGCAGAGCGUCUUCGAAGGGAGGAGGCGUACUAUCACUUCAUUAAUGAACUGAGUGAAGAAGAGUACCGUCUAAUGAGAGAUGGCAACCUGCUGGGCACUCCUGGGGAGGUGACUGCUGAAGAGCUCCGCCAGCGUCUGGAUGGAGCAAAAGAGCGUUUGUCAUCUCAGCCCUCUACCGAGCAGCGCUCGCAGACUUCUGAGUCUGGAGAACAGCAGAGCAGCAGCGGUGAGGGAGAAGAGAGAGGUGCUGGAGGGAGACGAGGAGCAGGGGGCACAGAACCCGGAGCAGAAACUUCUAAUGGUGACUCAUUACUGGAGUGGCUGAAUACUUUCAGACGCACUGGUAAUGCUACUCGCAGCGGACAGAGUGGCAAUCAGACAUGGCGUGCUGUCAGCCGGACCAACCCGAACAGUGGAGAAUUCCGCUUUAGCCUGGAGAUCAACAUCAACCAUGACCAGCCAGAGCCAGGGGAGCAUAAUGAGACUGUGGAUGCCUCAGACCCACCAGUGACUGCCCCAAAUACAUCACCCUCAAUACGAACUGCUUCCUCCUUUUCAACCUCUCGCCCUUCAACCACGCCAAGGCCUGCCCCGUACCCUACCCCCCGCCCAGCCAUCAGUAGGCGGGUGCAGACACGGCGUACACGCAGCAGCACUACCACACUUUCCAUGAGCCCCCCUGCACUUCCUCCACCAGUGGCGUCCUCAGCUGCUACUCAAAGGAGAGGUGGCACUUUGCACUCUUUAACACCUCCUCCCAACGUUCCAAACCCUCCUCCUGAUCAAACUAUACCUGUACAACAGCAAGCCUUGAAUGUAGAAGGAGAGCAGGGGCGUAAUGAUGCGCCUGCUUCUAUAGACUGCCCCCGGGUGUCAUCCCAGUCUGCGACACAGGCUCCAGCAGCGGGACACGAAUCCCGUGGCAGUAGGACUCGAUCGCAUGGUCGCACACGCAGAGCUGCGUAUGGAAGUGGGCUUUCAUCGCGCGUGUCAAGGCGAAGUCGUUCCCCUUUACACAGAGUUAGUGCUGCUAGUACCACUCUGCCAUCCAGUAGUGAUUCCAGCAGCUCAUCCAUUAAUACUGUUGAAUCAGGCAGUGGCACAGCCUCUGUGUCAAUGGAGACUGGAGAGGCCGUGUCAGAACCCGUUGUUCCAACGGAGCCAGCUGUAGAGAUGGUUGAACGUGAAAGUGAAUCACAAGUAAUAGGAGCAGGAAAUUCAGCAGUGCGAAGACAUCCGACCAUCAUGUUGGACCUGCAGGUGAGAAGGAUUCGACCUGGUGAAAACCGCGAUAGAGACAGCAUCGCCAGCAGAACACGAUCUCGUGCUCGUGUUGCUGAAAAUACAGUGACAUUUGAAAGCGACAGUGGUGGAUUUCGACGCACCAUUUCUCGCUCUGAGCGAGCUGGGAUUCGCACCUACGUCAGCACUAUUCGGAUUCCUCUGAGGCGUAUCAGUGAGACAGGCUUGGGUGAACCCAACUCCACUGCCCUACGUUCAAUCUUGCGCCAGAUCAUGACUGGAUUUGGAGAGCUUAGCUCCCUAAUGGAGACGGAGGCCGAUUCUGAAACUGUUGCACCUAACCAUUCAGAUCCUAAUGGUACAAACGGUAACAACAGCCCAGGCAGUCGCCUGAAUACAAAUGAGAGUGUACCUGGUCAGGUUAGUACAGGUGGGGUAGUUCACGAGAGAGUGGGGCUGGUGGGAGGUGAUGAGGACCAGAAUGGGCAGGCUAGGCUCGGAGGAGUAGUGAGCACCACAGACGGACGACCUACCAGCAGAGACACCAACAACCUAGUAGAGAACGGUACUCUACCCAUCUUGCGGCUGGCACAUUUCUUCCUGCUCAAUGACGAAGAGGAUGAUGAACAUCCGAGGGGCCUGACCAAAGAGCAGAUUGACAAUCUAUCAACGCGUACGUAUGGUCAGGCCAGCCUGGAGGGGGAGAUUGGUCGAGCCUGCAGCGUCUGCAUAAACGAGUAUGUCCAAGGCAACAAGCUGCGCCGCCUGCCCUGCUCUCACGAAUUCCAUGUCCACUGCAUCGACCGCUGGCUCUCUGAAAAUAACACCUGCCCCAUCUGCAGGCAGCCUAUACUUUCAGUGCAUCAUGACUGACCUAUUAUCUCACAAACACAACUAUCCCGCUCCUGGCUCCAUGAACUGAGCAGAUCCAAGUGGAUUUUGCAUGUACAUAGCGCUUUCAUGGUUUAAUUUCUUUGAUUGCUCAUUGUGUUGAAGAAGGUUGAACCAAAAGUGUGGAAUAAGAAACUAUAAAUGCAGAGAAUAAACAAAACUUUAUUUUUUUAGACCUUUGGUUUUCAACAACUCAUUAUUUUAUUUUCUUCUUCCUGUGACCUAGUUUGCUUGACUCUGCGAUGACGCUUCAGAAACUUGUCUAUAGAAGGCAUUGAUGCUUAUUAAGGAGCUCCUGUAGCUGCUGCUGAAUAGUCUCACUUUAAAUCUUUGAUGUCUGACACGCGGCAACGUCUUUGUCACGACUGGACUAUACAAAUCACUUCUAGGCUCGAUUUCUCUUCCAGUAUAGGAUGUAAAUAACUCACCACUGCUUAUAUUUAAGGGUUUUGAAGAAAGCUGCUCUUCACAUGCGAUUUAUUCAGAAUGGAAGCAGGAAGCUUAGCUUAUUUUAGCUUCAUUUUUCAACAUCCAUUUUAAAGUGUCCCAUUACAAUUGGUUAGGAAUUGUUUGAUUUCUCGGGUAUAAAUGAGGAAUGUCUUUAAUUUUGAAACUAUACUCUGUCCAUCUAGUAGUAUUUGUUUAAGCCCUUAAGUCCCAUAUAGUCACAACAUAGAAGUCAUCCAUUAAAGUAACCUGCUAAAAACAGCCACUUUGAAAUCAUUAACAUUAGCCAUAUGAGCAGCACAGUUUCAAUGAAAUGCAAAAUGUGAUAAUCAGGAAUUCAGACUUGUCAGUAUGAGUUGUGCAAUGCAGAGGGGAAAAAACAGUAUUGUUUGUUUUGCUGUUCAUUGUUGUUUACAUUGUAACGCCUGAAUAUCAUCUCCACUUAAAGUCUUGUUAAGAAAUUGAUGUUUGUUCUUGGUUCCUGUUUUAGGCCCACACCUGACAGGACCUUUGUCACGAGGUUGCGUAGUUAGCCUCUCACGUGGAAUUAAAAACAAAAAGAAAGAAAUUGAUUUUCAGUUUUUGCAGUUCUCUGGCUUACUCGUAAGUCUUUAUUCAUGAGACUGGUGCAGGAAAAAUGUUCUUUCUAUAAUGAACUUGUCCAGAAAUGUUCUGCUAAUGAGAACCUGUUUACUCAUUUUUUUCCCCCCUGAUUGGGUCUGUGCAAUGAUAGCUAUCUGUUAAAGUUUCAUUGCAAGUGCACACAUGUGAAUAAGGCCGUGCUAGUAAUAUAUUUCUCUUUGCUCUUUAUUGUUUGUUUUUACAUAACAUGGACAAAUGUUGCAUUUCUAGUGUAAAACAGGUGGGAUAUUUAGCUGAGCCACCCAGUCAGCAUUUUCCCCACCAGUGUCACUUUGUACAUCGGUGAUUGCACAAGAGCUACUCUGCCUGUGCAGUUAACACAUCACUAACAAAGCUGCAGGAUUUGUGCAGUUUAGUCUGUAAGAAUGUCUGAGCGUGUGGUAAGUAUGUGUGCGCGCGCGCGUGUGUGUGUGUGUUUGGUAUAAUUAUGUGUGUGUGAGGGGGGGGGGAAGGUCAGGUGUACCAAUCAAACCUGGUUCUCAGAAGGCUUCUCUCUGGUGCAUGUUCACCUUAGAGAAAAUUGUGGGCAGUUCAGGAGUAACUAUUUAUUCUGUUUGUAUUUAAUAAGAUGGAAAUCAACCUCUGAAAUAUGAAAUGUUACAAUGUGAUGAGAGUAAAUGAAACGGCUAUGAUGAACAUGUUACUAUGUAAUAAAAUGAAGACGGUUUUCUUCUCUGCUCCUUAACAGUGUAAUAAAAUGCCGCUUUGUUAUGCUGGAUUUUCUACUGUAUGGAUGUAUAUGGUUAAAACUGUGUCUGCACAGUGAUUCCGGCCAGGACACCAUCCCAUGCCGCUCUUUAGAGGAUAUAAUAGAUUAAUCAUCACACUUUAAAUCAAACAACCACCACCAAAAGAAUUCACUUUCAUUUUAUUAUUGUGAUCUUACAAGUGUAAUGAGGAGAGUAACUUUAAAAAAAAAAAAACAUACAAAAAGAACAUUUAUUGAAAUAAUCUGUGUUAAGAUAUGAAAAACUAAGUUUGAACAUUGUUAGUUCUCAGUUUUCAAAGCUAUACCAUUGAAAUGUACUAUGAACACACACACACCUAUCUAUAAGAGAUCAUUUGCAUAUAAUUAUUAAACAGUAAUAUACAAUAAGCUCAAACGUCCCAAUGUUUUUAUACUGAAAAAUCAAGCAAAAGUAUCAAAUUUCACACACACAUUCAGCGAAACAUCAUGAGCUACAUCGAUGUAAACCAUAUAUUUGAUUGGCACUUUUGGCAAGUUUUCAACUUGUAGCAAUUUUUACAUUUCUAUUUCAAUGUAUUUAUUUUUCUAUUAGGUACCUACUUCUCUCCGUGUUUUCAUUUUGUUGGAUAGACCUGUUUACCUGGUUGCCUUAGCGACAGAAAGCGAAAUAGAGAUAACACGUGCUUAAUUAUGCGCGUCUUUGGCGUGCUCACCAGCGUGCCAUGGAGACGCAGAGACUCUGUCUCCGUGACGUGCGCUUCUUCGAGGUUCUCAAGCAGGCCAGAACGACCCUCGGUCCUCCGGGAAACGCGGCAGAUGUAAACAGCAGCACUGGCUACCGAUAAUCGGAUCUAUUUUUAAGGACCUUGUUAAAUCUAAACUUCCACUCAGCACUUUUAUUUGACCUAAGCGAUAAAAGCAUAAACAAUUAUAUAAUAAUAUAUCAACUUUUAAAAAGUACUUUGAAAACAAAGUCGUUGAGAAUUUCUAAUAACAAGGGAAAUCUUCUAAAAGACUUAGCUGUUUGUUCAGUAAAAUGUUUCUGGCCGUAUCUUUAUGUAUUUAUCUCACACUGAGCCUCUAGAGACCGGGAGCGCUUACGCAUCUUAUCCUCAUCCCAUGCGCGCUCCCGUGGCUUGUCUGAAGCAGUGUCAUAAAGCCAAACCGAAUACGAGCAAAAAUGUCUCGCCUUUCCUUCAAAAUAUGAGCCUAUUAAGCGUUCACUAAAACCAUUUCCAAGUAAAAUAAAAAUAAGAUUUUAAAAAAAGAAAAGAAAAUAUAUUGUGAAAAAGUGGUUGUUUUCACAAUAUAACAAA